GAGCUAGGAUGAGGAGGGAGGUGACGCACGCGCGAUACGGAUCAGUCCGCUGGCGGCUAGACCCCCGCCCGGGCGCAGACCGCUGCAGAGUCCUCCGGCUGCCCCUCGGUGAAAAAUGGUCUCUGCAAUGGUUUCUACCAUGCUCUGCGGCCUAGUAUUUUGGCUGACGUUUGGAUGGACUCCAGCAUCCACAUAUAGCCCUCGGACCCCUGACAGGGUCUCAGAAACAGAUAUCCAGAGGCUGCUCCAUGGCGUUAUGGAGCAGCUGGGCAUUGCCAGACCACGGGUAGAGUAUCCAGCUCACCAGGCCAUGAAUCUUGUGGGCCCACAGAGCAUCGAAGGUGGAGCUCAUGAAGGUCUUCAGCAUUUGGGUCCCUUUGGCAACAUCCCAAACAUUGUGGCAGAGUUGACUGGUGACAACAUUCCUAAGGACUUCAGCGAAGAUCAAGGCUACCCAGACCCUCCAAAUCCCUGUCCUAUUGGAAAAACAGUAGAUGAUGGAUGUCUAGAGAACACCCCCGACACAGCAGAGUUCAGUCGAGAAUUUCAGCUGCACCAGCACCUCUUUGAUCCAGAACAUGACUAUCCAGGCUUGGGCAAGUGGAACAAGAAACUCCUUUAUGAGAAGAAGAAGGGAGGACAGACACGGAAGCGGAGGAGUGUCAAUCCAUACCUACAAGGACAGAGACUGGACAAUGUGGUCGCCAAGAAGUCGGUCCCCCAUUUUUCCGAAGAGGAUAAGGACCCAGAAUAAAGUGAAGAUGCUGGGUAGAAACCCACACCGCCUGUUAGCCCUCCGUAUGGCUUAUGUGCACGUGUGAUUAGAGCCCCUGUGAACGGCAGCAUGUUUCUAAUUUAGACUAGUACGGAUGAGAAGCAGCUGUAUUUUGAUAUUGCAUUGUCCUUCACGCGGACAGCUCCGCUUUCUACUAAAUUAGAAGAAGAGCUUUUUUCUUUUUAAAUGUGGAUCUGUAGUGGGCAUUAAAAUUAAAGUGUCUAUGUCACCAACAGGAAAAAGAAAGACUAUGAAUGAAAUGUCCUCAGAACGCUUGCAGUUUAAAAUGGUGUUUCGGGCCACACUCUUUGGGCCGAGUCUGUGAAAAGCUGGCAUUUGAUUUUGAUUAUGUAGUUCCCCCAGCCCUUGGGCGUCGUUACACGUCAGUAAAGGAGACUGCACUCCAGAGGAGGAGCCGACACAUUUCACUUGGCUACAUCUUAAUAAAUGUGUAUGCGAGCA